CAACACUGUUCCCUCCAAGCAGAAAUGUCAAAAUGGCGUCACCGCAGGACUGUUUGUAUAUUUCUCUACUUGGUUUAGCGGAACAUUUCCGCACAUCGAAUCCUCCUGACAUAAAAAGUUGUAUCCAGUGUCUACAAGCUGUAUUUAAUUUCAAACCACCAGCGAGAGUGGAGGCCAGAACUCAUUUACAACUUGGUAAUAUUCUCUUGACGCACACCAAAAACAUCGACUUGGCGAGAACGCAUUUAGAGCAAAGUUGGUGCCUGUCGCAGACGACGAAUGCGUUGGACGACUUUAAGUUCGAGGCGGCGAGCGUCCUGGCUGAACUUUUUGAGCAGCAGGGCCAACCAACACACUCAAAGCCUAUCUUGAGGAAAGCUAUUGAGUUGUCACAACACAGUGUUUACUGGCACUGUAGGCUUAUAUUCCAAUUGGCACAAAUCCAUGCAACAGAACGGGAAUAUGAAGUUGCAAGUAGUUUACUCGGAGUUGGUGUUGAUUACGCUCAAAUAUCAAAUGCGGCGUAUACCCGCGUGUUGUUCUUACUAAGUAGAGUAAUGUUAUUGUUAAUAGAUAAAAAAAUACAAGAAGUGUUACCAUUGUUAAACCAGGCCGGACACCUAGUAGACUCAUGGACGGGGAGUCCACAUCAAAAGGAGUACCUUAAAGUGUUCUUUCUUGUUUUGCAGGUAUGUCACUAUUUAAUGGCAGGACAAGUGAAAAGUGUGAAGCCAUGCUUGAAACAGUUGCAACAGAGUAUACAGACGAUCAUGGCGCCAACGUGGCCAGAUGACGAUGCUGUGUGCGGCAGCGCGCCGGGCGAGUCGUUCGUGUGGCUGUCGCGGCAACAGCUGUACGUGCUGGUGUACCUCGUGACCGUGAUGCACUCCGCGCAGGCCGGGUACAUGGACAAGGCGCACAAAUACACAGAGAAGGCGCUCGCGCAGAUCGACAAACUUACUGCGAGCGAUGACGGCGGCGGCACGUCGGUGGUGUCGGCGGUGACGGGCAGCGCGGGCGGCGGGUCGGCGGCGCGGUCGGGCGCGGCGCUGGCGUGGCGCCUGCGCAUGGCGCUGGUGGAGCACGCCGCGCUGUGCCGGCUCGUGGCGGGCGGCAAGGCGCAGGCGCUGCACGAGAUCGCACGCGCCGCGCAUCUGCUCGCGCGCGCGCCCACCACGGCGAGUGCGGCAGCGCACACACCACAGCUGCACUGUCUGCUGGGGCUGUACGCCAUGUCCAUGAACUGCAUGGAAGCGGCCGAGGCGCAGUUCCACACCGCGAUACACACGUCACAAGAAAGGGAUUUGUGGAUGUUCGCGAAAUUAAACUUGGCCAUUGUAUAUUUACGGGGGAGGAGAGAUAACGAUCUGGCGCAACUUAUGGAACAAGUGAGGCCCGAGGCGUUACCGGCGUACGCGCACGGGCUACGAGCGGCCUCAUAUUACGUUUUAGGGUUACAAGCAUUCUUCCAGGCGCGGUAUAACGAAGCCAAGAGGUACCUACGCGAAACCCUGAAGAUGGCGAACGCGGAAGACCUCAACAGGCUGACGUCGUGCUCGCUCGUGCUGCUCGGACACAUCUUCCUCUCCAUCAACAACUCGCGCGAGAGCAUGAACAUGGUCACGCCGGCCAUGCAGCUCGCCAGCAAGAUACCCGACGUGCAUGUGCAGCUUUGGGCGUCAGCUAUAUUGAAAGAUUUGUACAGACUAGCAGGCGACACUGAGCGUGAGACGGAAGCAUAUCAAAUGCACUGCAACUUCUCGCAGGCGUUGCUCAAGGACCACUUUCAGGCGACGCAGCUGCCGCAGCACGCGCUCGUGCAGUGGACGAGUGGCCCGCCGCCCAGCCUGCCGCCUCCGCCCAACGUCAGCCACGCCACAUAGUGAUGUCACGCGGUUGACUAGUGCCACAACACAAACAUGGGCCAUGUGAUAAUACAUAGCCACACUAUGUGACUGAAACUUGACAAUCAGUGGUCAUGUUGAGUGGUAUAGAUGAUGCCCCUUCAUCAACCACCAUAGUGAAAUAGUGAUGUGAUAAGACUAUUUUCCAUCUAAAGUGAAGUGACAUCUCUAACAUCAGCAACAAUGUACCAAUGAAUUAGUGAGCCAUCUAAAGGUCAAUUCAGUGAAGAGACACCUUAGAGGUGUAGUGUGGCUUUAAUUUACGGCUACAAAUUUGUGUACAAGUGCAAUUUUAUAAGAUGUUAAUGUCUCAUUGCCACCAGCAUAUACCAGAGAUGUUUUUCCAUGCACAUCCAAAGGCAGGACUGAUAAUCUUGUUUGGCAAUAUUAAUUAGUGAGAAUUAAUCGACAGAAGAGGAGUGUGAAUGUUGCUGACGGUAAUCUAUGAUGAGAUAUUGUGAUUGUGCCUCCACAAAGACGUAGGUUCGACAUUGUUUUGUAUUGCACAAUUUUGUUACAUGAUUGUAGAUAAAUUUGUGGUCUGCACACAAUUAUACAUCAGUUUCACGCAAAUGGGAUUGAUUUUAUGUUAUAAACCAUGUGCAUAACUGGAUGAUUAAAUUGUGUUCAAUAUUGGUAUUAAGGAACUGUGUAAUCAAAGGCCUAAUAGAUAACUAGAUAUUACUGCACGAAAAUUAUUUUCCAGAAUUAAUUUGUGAUGUCAAUGGUUUGAAUGUGAUUUAUUAUAGGUCAUUUUGUAUCAGUUUUGACUGACAUUUAAUGACAUUUCACUGGACCACAUAGGACACUGAAUCUAGGACAAAUAUUAAUAUGUUUUUGUUGAUAUAGAUAUGAUGGAAAUAAUCAUGCCAGCAGUGUCCUUUGGAGUAGACAAAUCAAAAAUGCAUUUAACACUAUUAUUUGUAUCAAAUGGUUCACAAAACUGCCAAAAUUUAUAAAGGUUUACCAUGAGAAAAAGCGCGGUUACAUGACUCGCCCCCAUGUAGAUGGAUAUGAAUCAAUACAUCUCCAUUUGUGCUGUCAAGUACACAGAAAUGUGACAAUAAUAAUAUCAUAUCAGACACAAUUGUCAAGAAUUCAUUUAUCAUUUGCACUAUGCACUAUUUGACUUUGCCGGUUUGAUGUUAAUCACAAGUCAAAAUAAACUUCAGAGCAGUAAAGUUAAAUUGCGCUAACGCAAGACCAUUACUAUAUUUAGGAACAUUUGUUGAUCUCAUUCACAUCACAUUUUGGAAUAAUUUUCGAACUUUGUACAUCUCAUAUUGCAGUAGAAUUACUGAAUAAAUUUAAUUUUAAAUUGGAUAUUGAUGGUCCGGCAAACCUAAUUCAUAAUUAGGCUCCAUUCAGAUUAGGCAUUCAAGAAGCUAAGGUUAAGUUCUAUGCACACAGACAAAGAAACUCUCCGAAUUUUAAAUUCCUAUAUAUGAAACAGGCUGUUUGAUCACUCCCAUGCCAAGCAAGCAGCAGGCAAAAAUUAUUUGUUAUAAUUAAUGAAUUCAUAUAGAGAUUUGUUAUCUAUCAUUGUUAUAUAGCCUUGCAUAUAGCAGCAAGUGUGUAAAAAUAUAUUACCAAGCCUUUAUAGUUGACAAUGUAAUUUGUAACAGUUUCAUGAUAACUGGUUAAUGUGCGGCAGUGAAUAUUGUGCUGUACAAUAUAAUAUUGCAACGAGUAACGCCAUUAGGUUGAAUGCCAAAGCUGAGUGCAUAAUAUGUCUGUACGAUAAACAGGGGACUUCGAGAUGAUUCUAAGAAACUAACGACUGAUAUAUAAAAUUAAAUUGUACAUAUGCUAUGUGAAAUUGAGAAAGAACAAAACUGUCUCAUAUUUAUUAUUUUGUAGUGUUUAUUUUCUCUUUAGUGAUUUGUUGGGAGAGCGAAUGUUGUUGACCAUGUGGUUAGUUAGCAUUUUGAGUAUUUAUCGUUCCGUCUUCGCAUUUCAAUGGACGUAUUUCGUUAGUUUGUCACAAUAGUUGUUACAGAGUUUCCAUGUUCAUAUUAUUUUUAUAUUUUAGUGUAGGCAUCGAAUGGUACCCUACGAGGUUGCGGUGAAAUCGUCCAUUGGAAUAAUGAUUUCCUUACAAUCUGGAAAUGAUAACUGUUGAUGUACCACAUAUUAAUUCCCUUUGGAACAGACAGAUGUGGCCUUAAGACAAGGAUUACAUUUGCUGUUGUUAAUAUGUACAUAAAAGUUGAAUUAUUGUAAAUAAUAAAAUUAUAAAAUAUAUGUUUUUGCAAUA